AUGAAGAAAUUGUAUGGAGGAGUUCUGAUUGCCUCAUCGUUUACACUUUUUAUGCUUAUGAUCCUACGAUACGGGGUCAUGCAAAAUCCUAUUAGUGAAGGUUAUUUGAUCAUACCUGCCUCUAUUAAUGGUACUAAUCCUCUAGAAUGGAUAAAUCCUGUGAUUCCGACUGCUAUUCAAAAUCCAGAUGGUAGUUCUCAAGUUAUUUCUGCGGACAUUUUAGUAUCUAGCCUCUUUGCCAAGAACAGCUUUUCCAUAAAAGAACACCAAACUCUGCAAACAUGGAACCACUUGAAACACUUAAUUAGUCAUGUUCAGGGUUUACCUAGUGCAGCAGACGCUAUCAAGGAAGCUGCUAGUGCAUGGAAUAGUCUUGUUUCUUCAGUUGAAGAGCAAAAGCAAGGUCAUGCAAAUGAUAGUUCAAGAGCUAAAGAGAAACAGUGUCCCCAUUUUCUUAAUAAAAUGAAUUCUUCUGAACUGGGUAAUAGUAGUUACAGACUGCAAGUACCUUGUGGUCUGACACAGGGUUCUUCCAUUACUGUAAUUGGCACUCCAAAUGGUAUCCUAGGUAAUUUUCGAAUAGACUUGACUGGAGAACCAAUUCCCGGGGAGCCUGAUCCUCCAGUUAUCUUGCACUACAAUGUUAGGCUUCAUGGUGAUCAAAUCACCGAAGAUCCAGUAAUUGUCCAAAACACCUGGACAUUAGCUCAUGAUUGGGGUGAAGAGGAGCGUUGUCCAUCCCCUGAUUCUGAAGAGGUUAAGAAAGUUGAUGAGCUGGAACAGUGCAAUAAGAUUGUAGGCAAGAAUAUUAGCCAACUUUACAUAGGCGGCAUGCAUUCCCACACUUCAAGACAAAUAUCAGCGGCUGAAGAGCAAUCAAUUAAGAGAAAAUAUUUUCCUUUUAAGCAAGGUUACCCAUUUGUCGCAACUAUUAGGGUGGGAUCAGAGGGAAUCCAGAUGACAGUUGAUGGAAAACACAUAUCUUCAUUUGCUUUCCGUGAAACCUUGGAGCCAUGGCUUGUAAGUGAGAUAAAAAUUUCAGGGGACCUAAAAUUAGCAUCCAUCCUUGCAAGUGGUCUGCCUACAUCAGAGGAUUCAGAGCAUAUUGUUGAUCUGGAACUAUUGAAAUCAAGUCCUGUAUCUGCACAGGCCCCGUUGGAUCUCUUCAUUGGUGUUUUCUCAACAGCCAACAAUUUUAAGCGACGGAUGGCUGUGAGAAGAACCUGGAUGCAGUAUAGUGCAGUAAGAUCAAAUACAACGGCUGUGCGCUUCUUUGUUGGUUUGCAUAAAAGCCAAAUAGUUAAUGAAGAAUUAUGGAAAGAAGCACAAACGUAUGGAGACAUACAGUUGAUGCCAUUUGUUGACUACUACAGCCUCAUCACCUGGAAGUCUUUAGCAAUCUGCAUUUUUGGGACACAGGUUGUUUCAGCAAAGUUUAUCAUGAAGACAGAUGAUGACGCAUUUGUUCGUGUAGAUGAAGUGCUAGGCUCUUUGCAGAGGAUCAAUGUGGCUCAUGGGUUGCUAUACGGACUCAUCAAUUCUGAUUCCCAGCCUCAUCGAAAUCCUGAUAGCAAAUGGUACAUCAGUACAGAGGAAUGGAGCGAAGAAAGUUAUCCUCCAUGGGCACAUGGCCCCGGCUAUGUGAUCUCACAUGACAUAGCAAAGGCAGUCUACAAGAAAUACAGAGAAAAUCAUUUGAAGAUGUUUAAAUUAGAAGAUGUUGCAAUGGGAAUCUGGAUUGCAGAAAUGAAGAAGGAAGGUCUAGAAGUUCGAUACGAAAAUGAGGGCAGAGUUUAUAAUGAGGGUUGUAAGGAUGGUUAUGUGGUUGCCCAUUAUCAAGGUCCAAGGGAGAUGCUAUGUUUAUGGCACAAACUUCAGGAAUUAAAACGUGCAACCUGCUGUGGUGAUAGGAGGUGA